GGUCUCCAAAACAUGGCGUCCGAGUUCGGGCGAAUAGUGUGGGAAGGAAGACCAAAAGACACGAAUAAUGGCCAUGAAGAGCUUCUGGUAUUUGGAUAUUCGUGCAAAUUGUUUCGUGACAAUGAGAAGGCGCAAUAUGUGGAUAAAGGCGAACAUUUGAUUCCCUGGAUGGGCGAUAGCAGUCUCAUGGUUGACAGAUAUGACGUGCGUGGAGCUCUCUAUGACCUCAAGGAGGCUGAGUCAGGAGGAGGAGGAGAUCGAUGGGAAGGACUGACUGAAGAGGAGCGGGCAGAGGAAGAGAAGUGUGAUCAAGAGAGAUACCUUGCUCUAUACCAUGAUGAGUUCCAAUACCAAGAGUAUCAAGAUGAGGAAGCCAAACGGCUGAUGAGUGAACUGGGAUCUGAUACCUAUACCUACAGCCAGGUGGGUUUCAGCUAUGAUGGGCAGGCAGUUCUUGAGGGAGGUGUUGCCUUGACUGAAGAACAAAUACUGGAACAACAGGGAGCAUUACAGCAGCAGGCUGAACUUCAGCAGCAGCAACAACAGCAGCAGGAGCAAUAUAUGGGGUAUUUUCCAGAGGCUGAUGAAGAUACUUUUGUGCCACCGCCAGACUUGAACGUUCCACCUGGGAUGAUUGUGCCUGAGACUGUGAAGCAAAAUAAGAUCAUAGUGAAAACAUCCAAGUUCAUUGUGACACAAGGUGGACAGAUGGAGAUUGUAAUCAAGACAAAGCAAGCUGGAAACCCAAUGUUUAGUUUUCUCUCCUUUGACAAUCCAUUAAAUGCCUACUACAAGCAUAUGGUAUCCAUGAUAAAAAGUGGCAGGUAUCGGCCAAGUGAGGAAGCUGAGUCUGGAAGAAAUAGGAAAGAGAGUGAGGGAAGUGAAGGGCAGUACCUGCAUCCAAGCCUCUCAGCUGGCAUAAAGCCUGAUCUUGCACCUGGAACACCCACUGCCAUUCACAAGCCAACAGCUGAUUGUGCAUAUUCAAAACUGAUACACAAGAUCAAAGAAAAACAGAAAGGCACUGUAGUAGUAGAGGGUAAAGACUCACCAGCACCAGUACUGGUUGCUUCAUCAACGCCAGUAUCUGCAGCCUCGACAGAGGUUGGAGAUCCACUGAAGAAAAAAAAAUUACAGACAGACAUCACACCAGUAGGGUCUCCCAAGAUCACUAGCUUGGUUGACUAUCCGUCAUUCAGUCAGACAGCAGAACAUAAUUCAGAUGAUGAUGACAAUGAUUCGGAGAUGGAUGAAAAUGAACGUUGCCUAAGUAAAGAGAUGGACUGUCGAGACACAGAGUAUAGUAGCAUUAAAUGGCCCCCACCAGAAGUGCAAAUGGUCAUUGACAAGAUGGCCAGCUACAUCAUCAAGAAUGGUGCUGAUUUUGAAGCCAUGGUCAGAAGUCGAGAUGACCCCCGGUUUGAUUUUAUGAAGAAGGACCAUGAGUACUAUUCCUAUUACCGGUGUAAGAUUCGACUCUAUAAUGAAGUGUAUGGAGAUAUAUUCAAGGAAGGUGGAGAGGACAAGAGCAGAUCAGGUAGUAGUGAAGGAGGAGCAGGGAGCAGCACCAGCAAGAAGGACAAGCGAGGGAACAAUAAACAACCCUCGACCAUCAGCUUUUCAAUCAAGUCCCGGGAACAGGAGGUCAACCUGGAUCGGCACUCUACCUUCCCUGUGGAAUCCUCUUCCACAGAUGAUGAGGACAUGGAGGAGGAAGAGAGAGAAAGAAGACGGUUGGAGAGGGAAGAAAGGAGGAGGAAGAGAAAACUGAAGAAAAAGAAGGAAAGGGAGAGGAGGGAGAGAGAAGAAAGAGAGAGAAGAGAAAAAGAGGAGAAGGAGAGGUUGAUGGAGAAACCCGAUGAGUCAACUGAUGCAUCAGAUGAUAAUGAAGAUGUUUAUGACAUCUUCAAGUAUGCACAAGAAAUGGGCAAGAGCACUGAUGCAGAAGAACCACAAAAGCCAAACAAAAUCAGUGUUGAGUCCGAGAAGAAAGACUCUGACUCUUUGUCUGCCACCAAUGUGGUGCUUGAGGAUACCUACCCCUUCUGCCAACCUGAGAGAAAGCAACAGGAAAGGAGAAAAAAAGCAGCCAUGUUCCUGUCUCGGCUCAAGAAAGGUGGUGGAGAGGAGGAAGCUGUCAGUCAGCCAGCAUAUGGCCCACAACUGCCCCCUGAGAUAGCUGCCCAGAUCCUGAACUCAGCGUCUCAGUCGCCGCGGUCUUCCGUUACUAGCCCCAGGAGGUCGACACCCUCAAGGUCACGCUCUCACUCUGUCAGCCCUGGCCCAGGGAUCCCCAUGCCCCCCAGGGAAGCUCCAGCACCCCCUCCACCACCCCCACCCACCUUAUCUCCUGUACAGUCUGGACACACAGACAUGUUUGAUCCUUUCACAUACAAGGCUGGAACGGCAGAGGCAUCCUUGGCGCUAGCAUAUAAAAAUGAUAGAACAUCUGCUUUGGAGUCAUGUAUAGCUUCUGGUACAGAUUACAUAGAUCCUAGCAAGUCGACUGGGCUACAGGAAUCUUCUGUUCUGUCGGGAGCAAGUGAGGAGGGUCGUAGAAGCCAAAGUAUAGAGAUGAGGAGAAGCAAAUCCCGGCAAGUAGAGGCAUCUCACCGGGAGAAAACAAGGAGUCGCAAGAAGCAGCGCCGUGGAAGAUCAGAGAGUCGUUCCCCAAGCAGCCGGCGGGAUCGCAAGAAACGCAAAAGAUCGAGAUCGCGGUCUCGCCGACAUAAGAAGCGACGAUCACGUUCAAGAUCACACUCAAAAACACAUAGCCGGUCUUCCCACAAGAAGAAGCGCAGAAA